AUGUCAGGCAAACCCAAUGCCAAUAUAAACAAAAAGAAAACCAGACUCUACAACAGUCGAACAAUCAAAACCCAAAUCCAUGACUCAAGUUUCGAAAACAAAGAAAAAUUAAACGUUGCCAAUUUCUUACAAGCUCGAAAAUUCGAAAUAAAAUCAUUUGAAUUAUCUCAACUAAAUUCCAAAAAUGCUUCAUCUACUCGAGUCUUCCAAUCUUUACCACGUUCCUUACGUAGAAGAGCCGCUUCUCAUAAUGUGAAAAGAAUUCCUAAGAGACUUAGACUUCGUGCAAGGCGAGAAAUGAGUACUAAUGGUGGUCCAGUGAAGAAAUUGCCUAAAGGUAGACAUAUUUAUAAAUUAUUGGCUUCGAGGAGAUUAUUAAAAGUCGCUGGGAAAUUGAAAGCCGAAAGGGCAGUAUUACCUGAUAUGAAAGCUUUUCAAGCAAAACUAAACCUUCGUGCUCAAUAUAAAUUACUUAGUAAACAAUUGAAAGAGGUUUAUGAACUGGGUCAUGAUAGGGCCAAAUUGAACAAUUCUGUUGGAGCGAGGGAUAUAACUGGUUUGAACCAAUUAGCUGAUCGUCCAAUGGGGAAUAUCAAAUAUCGCAAGAGACAGAAGGAAUUUGUAUGGACGCCAACUCAUAUUUGGCAUGCUAAACGAUUUAAAAUGAUGAAAUUACAUGGAUAUCAAAUUCCUUAUACACCUACUCAGAAGUGUUUUAAACUGAUGAAUAGACAGUAUAAGGCAAAAGCAGUGGCUUUCGAUACGUCGUAUUAUUGUAGUUUGAUACUUAAUAUUGAUCAAGAAGAAUUAUUUGAUGAAGUGUUGAGACGAUUGACUAAUAAAUCAUCAGUUUCUAAAAAGAUAAAACAAGGUGAAAAGUCGUAUAAUGAUUGGAUUUAUAUUGAUUCAAAACAGCUUUGUAAAGGAUUCAUCUAUGCCAAUUUGGAAACCAAUCUGAUUUUAGUCCGAGUAUUUCCAUCUGUCUACACUAGGUUAUUUACUGCAUUACAAACCAAGCUUGAAGAUUUCCCAACAUGUUCGAUCCAUGAUUGUCGAUUUUCAUUAGGAAGUAUAGAAUUAUCAGGUCCAAUGGCAUUAUCAUCCCUUUCCAAAGUAUUCCACUUCUCCGAAAAGCUCCCACCAGCAAUAUUAGACAUCUGGGGAUCAUUGGCAAACAUCAAAGAUUCAGGACUCGUACCCAUCGGCACAACAUUCACAUUCCAUAUCCAAGAUCCACGAGUCUGGAAACGCCCAUCCAAAUUCCCAUACUCCCUCAAAGAAUCCAAAUCCAUCUAUGACAUAAUCAUCUCCCUCUCGUCAUCAUCAUCCCCACAGAUGAUAUCACCCAAAGUCAUCGAAGAUCUAUUCACCCCAGAAGGAAGAUAUACAAGCUACAAAGACCAACUCACCCUAAAAGAAAUCGGAAGGUUUUAUGGUAAUUUAAAUAAACAACCUUCAGAUAUAUCCCAUUCCCAAAUCCCCAUCCUCGUUUCCAAAACCGCAAGUCAGACUUGGACGGUGAUUACGCCUUGGUAUUGGGUCCUUCCGGUCUGGUCUCGAUUGGUUCACGUUCGUGACGUGAAACCGGGUGGGAUUCAACAGGUGUAUCAAUUCAAUUUCGAGAAUGGUUUGGCGUCAUUCCCGCAGGAUUAUCCUUGGUUAUAUGAUGGAUGGGUUAGUAAUGAUGUGGUUGAACAAGCUAAUAAGUUGAAAGAUGGGAGAUUGCCACGGAGUCAAGUGACGAUUGAGGCGGCGGAGGGGAAAGUUUCGACAGUAUUUAGGGCACAUAGUUGUGAUUGGCAUAGUUUGAGAAAUUUACACCAUUUGGUGAAGUAUAGUGGAUUAUCUGAUGAGAAAUUGUUUAGUAGGACUGCUCAAUUUGCAGAAUUUUUGGAGGAUUUGGAAAGGAAGUUGAAAACGGGACAUGAUGUAAUUCAAGUAGCUAGGUCGUUAUAUAAAGAGGUUGCUGAUCCUAAGGACCCAGUUGUAGAAAUCUAUGAUUCCAAAAAUGUCCAACAUGUUGCAUUCUUCAAUAAUGACCCAACAUCUCGUUGUGAGAAUGUUGCAACUAUUGUCCAAACUAAGAUUCCAGUCAUUCAAAUCUCAUUAACAUUAGUCAAUGACGGUACUAUUUCCAAUAAUGCCAGGAUAUAUAUCAAUGAACAUAAUUCAAUGAAGAAUCAUACGCUACCAUCUGAUUUCAAUAUGAUUGGAUUUGUAACUACUGGUGGUAUGAAUUUGAAUAGAGGGAAAUGUACAGGAAUAGCAACUAUUGUCGCUAGCAAACAACAUCUUGAUGAAAAGAAGAUUUAUAUUAGAAAUGUUGGAACUACAAAAUUGUAUUUAGCUGAGUAUAAAGUCAUUAGUUAG